AUGACUCCAACGUCCCUCUCCUGUAGGGCUGAAGAAGCAGAUACCACUAGCCUUUUUACUAAAGAGGUCUUACCUUUUUUACUUAACCCAGCCUGGCUCUAUUUUGAUUGUACAUUCUUGUUCCUUAGAAUGGCGCCAAUUCCAAAACUUCUAGUUGGACUCAUCCUGCUGACUUUAUGCGUGGAGGGCUGCUCCAGCCAGCACUGGUCCUACGGACUGCGCCCCGGGGGAAAGAGAAAUGCCGAAAACGUGAUUGAGUCUUUCCACGAGAUAGCCAAAGAGGUGGAUCAACUAGCAGAACCCCAGCACUUUGAAUGCACCAUCCGCCAUCCACGUUCACCCCUCGGGGACCUGAAAGGCGCCCUGGUGAGUUACAGUGAUCUUAACAUAGAGCUUUAGAGGUGGAAAGGCCCUUGGGGACCGCUUAGCACGGCCACCUCCCUGCCACCGCGGGGCUUACCUUCCUGACUGCGGGGAUACCUCCUGAGCUGGGGCCCUCAUGACACUCCUGCUCAGUGGUUAGACAGCACUAGGGCUGGAACCCCCCUCUCCAUGUUUCCCCC